GUUGUCAAUUCCUUUAUUCCCAAUUAAAUGCAUUAUGCAUUGGUAGUCUAUGUCGCUUACUUUAAUAAGCUCAUGGGAAAGGUGUGUAAAUACCGUAGGCGUAGGUGAAUGUUAACAAAUUGGUACGAAUUAAUACUUAAAAUUGAAAAAUUUCUGGGACCGAUCAGACUUGAACUAGCAUCAUUCUCCCCUUCCCCUCAUCAUGCAUGGCUGCAUGAUAACGAAUAACAAAUAAAUAGACAUCCGCAAUGCAUUUACCACCGCCUGAACCUCGGGACAGCGAGUUAUAUACAUAUAUGGAUCCUGUCCAUGCACCGGCUUAUUUUGAACCUUUCGAUGACAUGAUCGGCCCGGAUCUUCAGCAGUCUACCGAAUUGGCGGUAUCUCACGACCAGUCGGAGAGCAGCCGGAUAUUCUCACCAGAUACGAGAAGACUUCAAACUCAACAUACCACCGAAGGUUAUCGUGGUGGUAUUACCGCUGGCAAAGCCGAAAGUAUGCAGGCCGGGUUCGAUGAAGGGUUUGACCUAGGCGCUGAACUCGGACUGAAGGCUGGUCGAUUACUAGGGCUCCUUGAGGGUAUGGCUGCAGCUUUGAGGGAAAACAGCAUUAAUAGCUCGGCACAUGUGGACAAACUUUUGUCAGAUGCAUCAAAGGAGCUGCGCACCGAGGUGAUAUUCGCAGAGGAAUUUUGGACCUCGGAUGGUAACUGGAAAUAUUCCGUUACAGGAUCUGGAGGUGAUGGUGAAAUCUUGAUCGAGGACGUCGCAAAGGAACAUCCGAUUAUGUUAAAGUGGGAUGGGCUCAUCAAGCGUGAGGUUCAGAAGUGGAAAUUAAACCAAGCACUGACAUUAUUAUGAUUACAUACUACGGCGAAGAUGGCGAGCACGGAGCAAGCAGCUUUUUAACCAAGUAAGGUAUCUAUCUACCCGAUAACUACUCGAUCAGGUUGGAUGAGCCGAAGCUGGAUGUUAAGAAAAUGCCCUUGCUGCCUUGGAGAAGAAGAGUAAGGAUGAAAUGCGAGCACCCCCGCUUCUCCAAUCCAUAAUAGAAACCAAUAGUCAUUGAUAUGUAUCAUUUAUGCUUGUCAUAUUCCAUCAUCUGCGAGUGGACUACUUUUUCUAGAAAUUCUAAUAUCGU